AUGUCUUCUAACGAAAAUGAAAAAUGUGAUUGUAAUAAAAAACGCUGUCUUAUGAAUGAUGUGAACUGGACUCGCCACUUAAAUGCUUGCCCCGUUCGUAAAUCUAAACGAAAAAAUCAAACUAUUAAGACUUUUUUUACUUUAUCUCAAGCUAAAAAAAUAUGUAAAGAUUUUACCAGAAUAUCAGAAUGUGAUAAAAACAGCGAGACUUUGGAAGUUGAGGCCGUUGAGUGUAAAAAACCUACAACGUCCUCAAGUGAAUACGAAAAAAAAAUCCCCGAAAAAUCUACAUUUGAUGGACCUUACACUGCAGAUUUGGAAGUAAUGAAUACUGAUGAUAUUGAAAAUAGUAAUACAACAUUUGAAGAACCGAUUGUCUCUGCUACUUCUACUUGUCUUCCAGUUCCAGAAGUAAUGAAUACUGAUGAUAUUGAAAAUAGUAAUACAACAUAUGAAGAACCGAUUGUCUCUGCUACUUCUACUUGUCUUCCAGUCCCAGUUCCAAUAUCUGAGGUUGAUUUUGUAGCUGAGUCAAGUGCUAAUGCAUCAAUGGCUGAACAUCUAGAAACAAAUAUUGACUUACAGAAGAACGAAUCCCCAGAAGAUUUAGUUGAAUCAGUGGCAUCUUUGCCAUAUGCUAUUCAAUUUCCAAAUGAUCCAGCUUUCAUAUCAAAUUUUACAAUGUCUCCAGAAUUAUUUGCUCAAGUAGCUUUGCAACCACCUUGUCAACCUGCACCAUUUGAUUUAAAAAAUCAUAAGUUUCCAACAAAAAAACAAGGUAAAUACACUCGUUCAUUUCAUGAAGAACAUUAUUUUAAAAAAAUGGCGUCAGGAAAAUUUGUUAAAAGGAUUUGGGUGUCAUAUUCACCUUCGACUGAUAAAGUAUACUGUAUAGUAUGCAAAUUAUUUGGAACCACAGAAUGCAAAAGCUACAAAUUAGCUAAAUCUGGUUAUGAUGAUUGGAAGCACUUGGCAUAUGCACUUAAAAACCACGAAGCCACUCCUGACCAUUUACAAGCAGAAAUAAGACGGGCAAUGUAUGUAAACAAUCAAAGAGUUGACCUUCCAUCAUUUCAAGGUUUGAAUUCUAAAGUGGUUGAAAACCGAGAGAUUAUAAAAAAAAUUAUUAAAGCAUUGUUAUACUUGUCAAGACAAAAUAUGGCAUUUAGAGGACAUGAUGAAAGUAAAACAUCAAAAAAUCAAGGCAAUUUCUUAGAAUUAAUUAAAUUAUUAUCAGCAGAUAAUGCUGUAUUAUCGUCUCAUUUAUUGAAGAUUAGGGAUGUAAAGGGAAAGAAUCGGUUGACGUUUUUAUCAAAUGUUAGUCAAAAUAAAAUACUCAACGUCUUAGGUGAAAUGGUCCGUGGUCAAAUCUUACAGAAAAUCAAAGCAUCUGGAGUAUAUUCAUUCAUAAUAGAUACAACUACUGAUGUAGCAAACCUUGAACAAUUGUCUUUAAUUGUACGGUUUUUGAAUGAAGAUGGAGAUGUCGAAGAAAGAUUGGUAGCUAUAAAGGUAGCUUCUGAUGCAUCAGGACUUGGAAUGUUCAAUUUGUUAUGUGAUAUUUGUCAACAUUUUGAAAUAGAUUGGGUAAAUAAUUUAUGUGCACAGUCGUAUGAUGGUGCUGCUAGUAUGCAAGGUUGUUAUUCUGGUGUUAAGACAUUGGUUCAAGAAAAAAAUCCAAGAGCUAUAUAUGUUUGGUGCUUUGCACACGUACUCAAUCUUGUUGUAGUUGAUACGUGUGAUAAAAAUACUGUGACUAGAAUUUUUUUUGGUAAUUUACAAUCAUUAGUAUCUUUUAUGAGAGCUCGAAAACGUACAGCAUUAUUUAUAGAAGCUCAGAAAAUAUAUUAUCCCAAUGAAAGGAUUUGUAAAAUUAAAAACUUCUCAAAUACUCGUUGGACAUCACAUCACCAAGUAUUAGGUGUUAUUUGUACUAAAUAUAAAGCUGUUAUGAAGACAUUAAAAGAUUUAUCACUUUCACUUGAUCGAGAAACUUCUGCCACUGCUAAAAAUUUACAAACAGUUAUGUCUUCUUUUAUGUUUGUAACUAAUUUGCUAUUAAUGAAAAAUGUAUUUGAGUAUACCACUCCAUUAUCUCUUUACUUACAGUCGCCAAGUAUAGAUUUUAUUCAAGCUCUAACAAUGGUAGACAACUGCGCCAAAAACCUGUUUGAUAUGAGAGAAGAUCAUACAGCAGAUAAAUUAUUGGACAAUGCAAGACAAUUUGCUGAAGAUAAUGGAUUAGAACAGACAUGUUUUCCAAAUAAACGAAACAUAAUAAAAAAGGUGAUGGAUGGUGAAAAAAAAGGAACUGAGACAAUAUUCCUGAGUCCAAAUAAUAGAUAUAAAAUUGAAGUAUAUAACACAGUUUUGGAUCAAAUUAUAUCAUCAAUAUCAUCCAGAUUUGAAGGGGCUAGAAAAAUUUUGGCAGAUCUAUCAUUUUUUUCAUAUGAACGACUAAUUUCAAUAAAUGAAGGAUGUUCUAUACCUGAAGAUUGUUUUAUUUAUCUUAAAACUUGGAUUCCAAAUAUAGAAAUUGAUGAAUUAAAAAUGGAGUACAUUACAUUUGCUAAAUGCUUUAUGGAACUUAAAAAUGGUAUAAACAUUAAAAAGUUACAUAACAAAUCAGAACCAGGCGAUGAAAAUGAUGACGAUGAACUUCAUGAUUCUAGCAGUGAUACUGAAACUGAAAGUAACACGGAUGCACCAAAAAUUACUGCUUUAGAUAUUAUUAAAUUAUUAAACUCGUAUAAUUUAAUAUCUGCCUUUCCAAAUUUAUACACAGCAUAUAAAUAUGCAUGCACAAUACCAGCAACAUCAGCUUCAUGUGAACGGUCUUUUUCUAAAUUAAAGUUGAUUAAAACUAGAUUAAGAUCUACAAUGAAACAAAAUUUACUGGAACCAUUAAUGUUACUAUCAUGUGAAAGAAAUAUUGAGAUAAACGAGGAUGAAGCUAUUAACAAUUAUGCAAACACUUCAAAAAUAUUAAAAGAGGCAUUGCUAUUUAAAUAA